CUGUAAAGGUAUAGCGUUUUGGAGACAAUCUGGUGGUGAGAGCGAGCACUCCAUUGCUAUACAUAGAGUGCCACCAAUUGAUGCCCUCUGGAUGACGACCACCACAAUCACCACAUCACUGAAAUAAUGGCGGAAAACCCAUCCUCGGAGACCAUCUCCGACAUCCAAAACUAUUUGCAAUCGUUUAACAAAGAGAUCGGCGAAAGCGGUGACAAUGAGUCGGCUUUCUAUGCGAUCGACACCCAGAAGUUGGCUCAGGGUAUAGAUGACGGCACCCUUCAGAUGCUGGCCGAACAGGCGGCCACCGGACACACGGCCUCCACUUCGGGCGCUCCCGACGCCGGCUAUCAGACGGUGGCCAUCGUUCCCGACGGAGACAGCGGUGGAUACGUCCUAAUAGUACAACAGCCGCAGACCUCCGACGCCAACGACACUCCCGUUACCACUCAGACCACUACCAGCGCUAAGAGCGCCGGCAGUGCCGCCAAAAGUACGCCCAAAAGUGCGAAACAAAUGACACGAAUCAAGAGAAUAAAACAGGAGAAGAAGGACGCGUCGGACCGACCCAACGAUAUCUCUGUCUAUGACUUCGAUGACAUCAAUCUUCCCAAUGUGGCCGAAGACGAGACCAUCAAUGAGUUGGACAACACGGAGGCGCUGCUCAACGAUGAAGAGAUGGAUGAGGCCGAUGUAGACGUGAAGCCCAACAUCACUCCUAAGACACCGAAGCGCCAGAAGAAGGCCGCGACCGGCACCGUGUCGGCCAAGAAGGCCAAGACUGCCACUCCAGCCACGCCUUCCAACCCUAACCAACAUAUGUGUAAUUAUUGCAAUUAUACGAGUAAUAAGAGAUAUCUGUUGUCCCGACACAUGAAGUCUCACAGCGAAGAGCGACCCCAUAAGUGUGGCAUUUGUGAGCGUGGAUUCAAGACGAUAGCAUCGCUCCAGAACCACGUGAACACUCACACCGGUGUCCGACCGCACGGAUGUAAAUACUGUGACGCGGCGUUCACCACAUCGGGAGAGCUCGUCCGACACGUCCGCUACCGACACACCCACGAGAAGCCGCACAGAUGUACGGAAUGCGACUACGCGUCCGUCGAGUUGUCCAAAUUGAAGAGACAUAUGCGGUGCCACACGGGAGAGCGGCCCUACCAGUGCCCGCACUGCACUUAUGCCAGUCCUGACACUUACAAAUUGAAACGACAUCUCAGAAUACAUACGGGUGAGAAGCCAUACGAAUGCGAUGUAUGUCACGCCCGCUUCACACAAAGCAACUCACUUAAGGCACACCGACUGAUCCACAGCGGCAACAAACCCAUCUUCAAAUGCGAACUCUGUCCGACCACUUGUGGCCGUAAGACUGAUCUCCGAAUUCAUGUCCAAAAGCUGCACACAAGCGAUAAACUGUUGUCAUGUAAGAGGUGUGACCAAAGUUUUCCCGAUCGCUACCACUUUAAGAUGCACCUGAAGACCCACGAGGGAGAGAAGUGCUUUAAAUGUGAUUUAUGUAAUUACGCCUCUGUUUCGGCCCGACAUCUCGAGUCACAUAUGUUGAUACACACCGACCAGAAACCGUUUAACUGCGAUCUGUGCGACCAAUCUUUCCGACAAAAGCAACUGCUGAAGAGACACAAGAAUCUCUACCAUAACCCCAAUUACGUGGCCCCACAGCCCAAGGAGAAGACCCACGAGUGCUCGCAAUGCAGCAAAGCGUUCAGACAUAAGGGUAAUCUUAUGAGACAUCUGGCCAUUCAUGAUCCCGACGCCUACAAAGACCAGAACAUUAACUUCAGUCGACUCAAUGACUCGAAUCAACUGAUCGAUGACGACGAAGAAGAGGAAGAGGACGACUCGCAACUCAUUGUUCCCAAUGAGAGCGAUGAGGAACAGACGCUGUCCUUCACAUUAGAUCCGCAGACGCAACAAAUACUCCAAAAUACAAAUGGAGAACAAGUAGUUGUCUUCGAAGUGGUUCAGCUCAACAACAGUAACAAUGAUAACGAUAGCACAACACUUCAGGACAACCAGUUGGUCACCGAACACAUGAAUGUAUUACAAGCUUCUGGAUCUAAAGGCAAAGGAAAGGCUCGCUAUUCGUUUGCCCGACAAAACGGCGCCAAUAAUCCUAAUGACAAUUUUAUUAUUCAAUUGUCUGCUGAAGACGAAGAGGCGGCCAAUACUAUACAAGAGGACAGUAUAAUCGAUGACCCUGAUUAUAUGCCUAAACCUAAUGUCAGACUCGCAUCCACUCCAAGCACUUCCAAUUCUUCUGCACUCAUAUCACAGACAACUUCUAUUCCUCCGCCGCCACUCAUGACUGACGAUACGAAGCAAUUGAGGGAUCAGUUGCAGAAACAGAAGGAUUUGGCCAAUUGUUUCGGCUUUAAGGAUGACGAUGAGGAAGACGACGCCAUUCUGUCGAUGCCUGCAGUUCACGGCCAGUGAGGCCUAUAUUCUUAUCAAUGAUUCGUUAAUCUCUGCAUUUGUUCUGAAAAUCAAUUAUUUUACUAUCAAUUGAUGUUUAAUCGAUGAAAUGACUUAAUUGUAAAGAAUUGAAGAAACGAUGAGUGAAUUGACACCAUAUUUGGGCCAUUAAUCAGAAGUUGCACUCAUAUUCUCUAAGGACACCACUAUUGAUGUGUUUCUUAUAUUUAGAAACAAAAUUUUAAUAAACAACAAAUUCUGUUCCCAUUUGAGAUAUAAGUAAAAUUAUAUAUACACAUUA